GCGACUGUUAGUAAAUAAAUAAAUAUCAUGGACUUAAUAAGAUACUUACCUACAAUAUACAUACAUGAUAUGAUACAUACAAGUAGGUACCAUAAAUACUGAGUUGACAACAAAUCUCGUAGCUAUUUUUUUUGUUGAUAUCAUGUCACUAUGACGUGCUACAAUUUGUAGCUAACCAAAACACAAAAAACGCAAUAAGUAAAAAAUAAAAAACACAAUGUUUCUGUGGCCGCAAUGAAAAAUGCGCAAAUUUGUAGCGCUAGACAGUUUGAUUAGCUCAGGCGAGAUUGAUACUUUUCCUAGUGAUGUCAUCCACAACUUGAGGCACGCGGUCCUGUUCCCGGACAUCUACAAGCCAAACAUUCAGCAAGCUUUAAAGAGUAUCAACUUUAAGUUCCAUAGAAGUUGCAGCUACUCCAAUUUGUUGAGGGAAUGCAACGUGGGCGAGGGUGAGACGCUGCUGAUGUUCUGGGGCUGCGACCGCUCCGAGAGCAGGUUCACAGUCAUGUCAACGUCCAGCUGCUCUUCUAUACACUUGCCACCAUAUGCCCAGAGUAGCAAUCGCGAGCGCGAGAUCCGCUCCACGGCCCAGCAGACCGACAUCAGUUGUAGAUCUCCGGGGAUCGCCUCGCCAGUGAGCGGGAGCGAGGCAGAUGAACGACAGCUGCGUACUCGCAUAGCGGAUUCGCUGAAUUUCUCCUCUCCGGCGUCGUCGCUGCUGCAGCCAACCGGUCGCUCCAUGUCCAUUCUAGGGUCAGUCUGUGCGCUCUUGCUCAAUAAACAGGGUUCAUCCGUGGGCGCCAACGUCAAGGAGGUGUCGAGCUUCACGGGCAGCCGGCACUCGGAGAAUAUCUGCCGCAUCUGCUUCGGCGGCGAGUCGGCGGAGCGGCUGGUGCGGCCGUGCGGCUGCCGCGGCACCAUCGCCGCCGUGCACCGCACCUGCCUCGAACGCUGGCUGCUGCAGGCCGCAACCUCCUACUGCGAGCUAUGCAGGCAUCACUACGUAGUCACCAGGAGUCACAAAUGGUCGUGGAUGCGGUCGGUGGCGGAGUGGGCGCGGUCGGGGCGCGGGCGCGCGCUGGCGGCCGACCUGUGGCGGGGCGGGGCCCUGGGCGCCGCCAGCGUGCUGGGGACCGCGCGCGCCCUGCAUGCCUGCGACGCCGUGCUGCAGGCGGGCGCGCGCCGGGGCGGGGGCGCCGCGCUCGCCGCCAACCUCCUGUCCUCGCUGCUCAUCGGCAUCAUCGGCGCGCUGAACGGACUGCUGACCACUUGGAUGCUGCUCAAGAUACAGGAGCACCAGCUGUCGUGGCAGGCGUGGCGUGACAGCACGCUGCAUGUACACGUGACGCUGGCCGACGAAGACCGAGCCUGUGUCACCACAGUCGGCUCCCCCGCCAGCGGAGGCAGUCCCGCCAGCUCCGCCAGUCCCGCCAGCGCCGCCACCCCACGCACAUCGCACAGCACGCUGGUGGCGGCGGAGCGGCGCCGCACCGCCGAGCGUAGCACCAACGUCGCCGACCCCUUCAUGGUGGCGCUGCCCUACACCCUCCCCGACCCCUGACAUGACUGCCGCCGGCCUAUACUUCGCCGUCGCCACCAUCGUCUGCUCCCUUCUCCUCCUCAUCACACUUAUCCUCCGCAACCGAAAUUACUCAGAUCAGUGACAAAUAAAACGCAACACUUUGUUAAUCAUAUAUUUUAUUAU